CACCGCUAAAAAUCAUGGCCGGUGCGAGUGCGGCGCUGGGCUGAGAUUGUGUGUGAAAGUGCGGCAGACCACCCCUCAUCCUCCAGCGUUCCAGGGAGUAAACCCCAGCACUGACUGCCCCCUCCCCCUAGGCUCCUGACAAUGGAUACGGACGUUGCGGAGCUGGGGGGCUUGGUCCGCCAGGCAGUGGCCACCUUGUCCUCAUCCGGUGACGGUGCAGAGAUUGCCAGUGCACUGGGGGUGGCGCGGCAGUGCCUGGGCUCGGUCGCCGGGAAAGGGAGCUCGGGCCGGGAGCAGCGGGCAUUGGCGACGCUGCACGCUGGCCUCCUGCAGACCUUGGCUGCCUCCCCAACCGGGGGCUGGCUGCGCCUGCUGCCCGCUGACCAGCGGCUCGACCUACUGCACGGCUGCUUCUUGGCCGCCUCGCCGCGCCUGGCCUUCCUCACCAUGGUGGACGCCAUCGCUGCACACAGCGGUGGCGGUGGAGGUCACUGCGUGCCCAUCCUGGAGCAGUUCCUGCAGGAGGAGAGGAUGGUACGGUUGCUGUGUGAGGCCGGGGAUGCCGAGACGCUCCUCGCCGACCGGGAGGUGCUGCUCACCAGGAUCACUGCGCUGCCCGACCACUCGGCUAACAAGCUGCAGCGUGCAAACCGGCCCCUCUUCUACCCUGAAAACUACUACCCUCUGCUGGCCCGGGAGAUGCUGGCAGCGCUGGGGAGGAUCCACCAGUCACUGAGGGAUGGGUCGGACAGCUCCGUCUCCUUCCUGUCUCAGCUGCUGGGGAAGGUCUGCGUCCAGGGCCACAGCGACAUGGUUCUCCAGGUCCUGGUGCCCAGACUUGCCCUCCUCACUCAAUCGGAUGGCGUUUGGCAGCGGAUCUGCUGGCGAUUGGUGGAGGACGUGCCUGAGCGAUGGAUGGAGAGUGUGGUGGCCGGAGUGGUGCGGGCAACCGCGGGCCCUGAGGUCUUGUCGCGGUUGCUGGGCAGCAUCGUGCUGAAGAACAAGAAGGCCGAGUUUGUACUGACCCACAAGUUCCUUCUCCUGCAGUAUCACCACAAGACCUGUGUGCUACAGAACCUGCUGGGAUACCUGGCCAGAGAGAAGUCCGGGAGAUGCCUGUUGGAGGAGGUGCUGCGCCGGCUGCUGACGGCAUGGGGCUGCAGGGCCUCGGUCAGACACAGCCCGGUGGAGCAACAGGCCUACAUCAGCAGGGCCAUCACCGUCUGCCUGGGUCUGCUCAGCCCCACACAACUGGAGGAGCAGCGCACAGAGCUGUUGUCGCUGACCCUGGCCGGGGUGGAGUGCCGCCUGGGCAGUAGCCUGCCGCGGGUACGCCGUCUCGGCAUGGUGGUGGCAGAGUGCGUCAGUGACCGGAUCAAUGCCGGGCCCCACCCCCUCAACUUCCAGUACGAGGAUGAUGACGAGACAAGAGAGGUCCGUUCGCUGUGCUCCCCGAGACCCCCGUCGAGCUGGGAGAGCCCCCCACAGUCACACAGAAGUGAAGACUUGCAGACAGACAGCGGAGAGACACCGGCAGACGGUGGGAGCCCCGGCCAGACGGAACAGUCUGGGCCCGAGUCUGAGCUGGACAGUGAUGACGAGCUGGUUCCCUACGACCUGUCCGGAGACUCUGAGCUGGGGGAGGGGAGUGCCCCUGUCUACCUCACCGGCUGUCUAGAAGUGCUGCUGAACUUGGAGAGCGCAGGGCGGGUGGGGGCUACGCUGAACGCGCUGGAGAGGCUGGUGAGGAGGAAUCCGUCGGCAGCCCGAGAGGUUGGUGAGGAGCUCACCAAGGUGCUGCUGCACCUGGAGGACAGGUUCGCCACACCGGGCUUCGAGGGACUGCGGCAGCAAGCAAUGGUGGCCCUGGCUGUCACCGGCACCAUCCCUGUCAUUCAGUACCUCACCGCCGAGUUCUAUGCUGUCAACUAUAGCCUCUCGCAGCGGCUCCACAUCCUGGACGUGCUUGCACUAGCUGCCCAGGAGUUAGCUGAUCCUGGGCUCCGCGCCAAGGGUGGGGACUCAGCGGGGGAGGGGGGCAGCCCCCACCCUCAGCUCCCGGAUCCGCCCUCCGCUGACCCCAGCCCUGGGUGGAGGCAGAUCGUCGAGCAGCGGUUGCAGAGCAAGACUCGGCGCUUCAGCAAGGGGGUGUGGAUCCCGGGACCCCAGGCCACUGCCAACCGUUUUGCCCCUGUCGCCGGGCACUUCUUCUUCCCCCUCAUCAACAACUACGACAGGCCACAGACUGUGUACGACUUCCUGGCAGAGGAGCCAUUGGUGCUGGGCCGACUGGUGCACACGCUGGGCCUCCUCGUGUUCCUCGCCCUGCACGCCCCGAUCGCCAUCCACCUGGGCAAGGCGCUGCUCGGCUUCACCUGGGCCCUUCGCUACCACCCCGACACGUAUGUGCGACAGGGAACGCUGUUCGCCAUGUCCUCGCUGUUGCUGAGUGUCCCCAGCGACAGGCUCCUGGAAGAUGUUCCUGAUGAACUGCUAGAAGCGAGGUUGUGGCUGACGGAUGUUGCAGAGAGCGAUUCCGAUGACACCUGCCGUCGACAGGCCUUGCAAAGCCUGGUGCUGCUCGGAAACUUCCAGAAGAAACUCGCUGGCCUCCCGGAGUAAGUCUACGGCCCGGACCCAGAGAGCUCCUACCCCCGCUCGUUUCUGGGCAACACUGACUAGGAGAAGAAUGGAGGUGACGAUGGGGAUGGUACUGGAAGCUGGUGAAUCUGCUGGGAUGUUGCAUUGCCGCCAGACUGAGCAAAGACGGGCUGCCGGGCAAGCUGUGGUCUCCAGGGCUGCCUGUGGUGGUCAUGGUCUGUGAGUGGACCUGGAGCGAUGCCAGACCCUGAUCCCCGCGUUCAAGAGUCUGCCGGCGACGGUAGCAGGUCCAGCCUGGUCAGGGGCUAACAGACGGGGGAGCUUCACCACUGCUCCUCGCUCAAGCUGGGACAGGUGGGGACAGGUUCAGCAUGAGCACGAUUCUGCGUCGGACAAUCCUGAACCUGUGGCACAACUUUGGGCCCUUGGACGGUGGGUGAGUGGCUGCAAAGUAUCCAGCCUGUCACGGUCCCACCGUCUACAGGAACGUGACCGUCCCACCACUGCCAGACGGGGGCAGGAGGCUGCACACACCUUCACAGUUUACCAUGGAAAGAAAUCAUUACAAUUGCACAGUAUCUUAUAAAACUGGCAAUAGCAAUAAAUAAAACCUUGUUAUUUUAUCGUA